UUGGUCUUUUAUGCCGUCUAGUACACGGGCUGUAACACUGCCCUACUUCCCACUGGACUGCUGCUGGAUUCCUGCGCACUGCUCUUUCGGUCAUGGCGCUGCGGACUGUCCGAAACUUACCCUGCUUUUUAAGUGUACUCGGCGUGUUUCUCCUCAGCAGUGGCCCGUACCCGGUGUCCUCAUGUCCGAGCCGCUGUUUAUGUUUCCGUACCACUGUCAGAUGUAUGCAUUUAAACCUGGAAUCAGUGCCCGCAGUUCUUCCUCAGACCACAAUCCUAGACCUGAGAUUCAACAAAAUCAAGGAUUUACAGCCAGGCUCCUUCAGGCGAUUAAAAAACCUCAACACCCUCCUUUUAAAUAACAACCACAUCAGAAGAAUCCCAAGAGGAGCCUUCGAAGAUUUGGAAAACCUCAAAUAUCUAUAUUUGUACAAGAAUGAAAUCCAGGCCAUUGACCGGGAAGCGUUUAAGGGUCUCGUCUCUCUCGAGCAACUAUACCUGCACUUCAAUAACAUUGAGUCCCUGGAGCCUGAGUCUUUCUCUCAUCUACCCAAGCUGGAGCGCCUGUUUCUGCACAACAACAGGAUCAGCCAUCUUGCUUUAGGGACCUUCUCACACCUGCAGUCCAUGAAGAGACUGCGUCUGGACUCUAACGCUCUGCACUGUGACUGUGAGCUGCUGUGGUUGGCUGAUCUGCUGAAGCAGUACGCAGAGUCAGGGAACGCUCAAGCCGCCGCCACAUGUGACUAUCCCAACCGCCUGCAGGGACGAUCCGUCGCCACACUCACUGCGCACGAGCUAAACUGUGAAGUGCCCCGGAUCACCUCUGAGCCGCAGGAUGUAGACGUGACCUCAGGGAACACGGUGUACUUCACAUGCCGAGCGGAGGGAAACCCCAAACCACAGAUCAUCUGGCUGAGGAACAACAAUGCUCUGAACAUGAGAGACGACACACGGCUCAAUCUUCUGGAAGACGGGACACUGAUGAUCCAGGACACACGAGAGACAGACCAGGGCAUCUAUCAGUGCAUGGCCAAAAACGUGGCCGGAGAAGUGAAGACCUCAGAGGUCACCUUACGCUACUUCAGGUCACCAUCUCGACCCAGUUUUGUGAUCCAGCCGCAGAACACAGAGGUUCUGGUGGGCGAGAGCGUGACUCUGGAGUGCAGCGCCACUGGUCAGCCACAGCCGCGUGUCACCUGGACACGAGGAGACCAGUCUGCGCUGCCUGUAGACCCGCGCAUCAACAUCACGCCGUCAGGAGGACUCUUCAUCCAAAACAUCCACCAGGCGGACGGAGGACAGUACACCUGCUUCGCCAGCAACAACGUGGACACCAUCCACGCCAACGCUUACAUCAUAGUGCAGGCGCGUCCUCAGUUCACCGUGACUCCUCAGGAUCAGUCGGUUUUGGAGGGUCAAACAGUGGAUUUUCCCUGCGAGGCAAGCGGUUUUCCUCAGCCAGUCAUCGCCUGGACACGUGGAGGUAGUCCUUUGCCCAAUGACAGACGGCAUGUGGUGCUGUCGACGGGCAGCCUGCGGAUCAGCCGCGUGGCUCUUCACGACCAGGGCCAGUACGAGUGCCAGGCGGUCAGUCCUGUGGGCACUUCCAGAGCCGCUGUCCACCUCAACAUCCUGCAGAGCGUAACGCCUGUUUUCACGAGCGCUCCAAGGGAUUUGACGGUGGAGUCUGGAUCAGAUGUCCAGAUUCCGUGCAGCGCUCAGGGUGAGCCCACACCUAUCAUCACAUGGAGCAAGGAUGGAGUCCAGAUUACAGAGAGUGGGAAGUUCCACAUUAAUCCAGAUGGCUAUCUGGAAGUGCAUGACGUGGGUCUGGCCGAUGGGGGCCGAUACGAGUGUGUAGCCCGCAACUCCAUUGGAUAUUCCUCAUCUAGUAUGGUGCUAACAGUGCAAGUCCCGCAGGUGAGCCGUGAGGGUGAUCCGUUCGUCUCCACGUCACUUGAAGAGGCCAUCCGGAGCAUAAACAGCGCUAUAGACUCCACCCGGAGGCAGCUUUUUGACGGGUCUCCUCGUACCCCCGCCGAGCUCCUAGCUCUGUUUCGAUACCCGCGGGACCCCUACACAGUGGAGCAGGCCCGAGCUGGAGAGAUCUUUGAGCAGACCCUUCUUCUCAUCCAGAGGCACGUCAACCAGGGGCUCAUGGUGGACACCAACGGGACAGCCUACCGCUACAAUGACUUGGUGUCUCCGCGUUUCCUGGAUAUGAUCGCUAACCUGUCUGGCUGCACAGCCCAUCGGCGCAUCAACAAUUGCUCGGAUAUCUGCUUCCACCAGAAGUAUCGCACACAUGACGGCACGUGUAACAACCUGCAGCACCCCAUGUGGGGAGCGUCUCUCACUCCCUUUGAGCGCUUGCUAAAGCCCGUCUACGACAAUGGCUUUAAUCUCCCACGCGGCACCACUGAGCGAUGGCACAACGGCUACCCGCUGCCACUUCCACGGCUGGUCUCCACCACCAUGAUCGGCACAGAGACCAUUACACCAGACGACCGAUACACUCACAUGCUAAUGCAGUGGGGGCAGUUCUUAGACCAUGAUCUAGACUCAACCGUUGUAUCCCUAAGCCAAUCCCGUUUCUCCGACGGACAGCUGUGCACCUCAGUGUGCACCAAUGACCCUCCUUGUUUUCCCAUAAUGUUCCCACCCAACGACCCACGGCAGCGGCGCAAUGGGGCACGCUGCAUGUUCUUUGUGCGCUCCAGUCCCGUUUGCGGCAGCGGAAUGACUUCUUUACUUAUGAACUCAGUGUACCCGCGUGAGCAGAUGAACCAGCUUACUUCCUACAUCGAUGCAUCUAAUGUUUACGGCAGCUCGCAACACGAGGCUGAAGAGAUCCGUGAUUUAGCCAGCCAUAGAGGCAUGUUGCGGCAGGGGAUUGUUCAACGAACUGGAAAACCUCUGCUCCCGUUUGCCACCGGGCCACCAACAGAGUGCAUGCGGGAUGAAAACGAGAGUCCCAUUCCUUGCUUUCUAGCCGGUGACCAUCGUGCUAAUGAGCAGCUCGGGUUGACGGCGAUGCAUACGGUGUGGUUGCGUGAACAUAACCGCAUCGCAAGCGAGCUGCUUCGUCUUAACCCACAUUGGGAUGGCGACACCAUUUACCAUGAGGCGCGAAAGAUUGUCGGAGCCCAGAUGCAGCAUAUAACCUACAGCCAAUGGCUGCCUAAAAUCCUGGGCGAGGCUGGCAUGAGGAUAAUGGGGGACUAUGAUGGAUAUAAUCCCAAUAUAAAUGCUGGCAUCCUCAACGCUUUCGCUACUGCGGCCUUCCGUUUUGGCCAUACGCUCAUUAACCCAAUUCUGUAUCGACUUGACGAAAACUUUCAGCCCAUCCAGCAAGGGCACAUCUCACUACACAAGGCUUUUUUCUCGCCCUUCCGUAUUGUAAACGAAGGAGGCAUCGAUCCAUUGCUUCGUGGUUUGUUUGGAGUGGCAGGGAAAAUGCGAAUGUCAACUCAACUGCUGAACACCGAACUAACCGAACGGCUUUUUUCAAUGGCACACGCGGUGGCGCUUGACCUAGCGGCGAUGAAUAUCCAAAGGGGCCGUGACCACGGUAUACCAUCCUAUAAUGACUACAGGGUGUUCUGCAACCUCACGUCUGCACAGAACUUUGAGGAUCUGAAGAAUGAGAUCCAGAACCCCAGUGUGCGGGAGAAGCUUCAAAGGCUUUAUGGCACACCUCUGAAUGUGGAUUUGUUUCCUGCACUGAUGGCGGAAGAGCUGGUGCCUGGCAGCAGACUGGGACCAACUCUAAUGUGUUUACUGGCAACACAGUUCAAGCGCCUAAGAGAUGGAGACCGAUUUUGGUAUGAGAACCCAGGCUCCUUCAGUCCUGCACAGUUGACCCAGCUGAAGCAGACAUCACUAUCCAGAGUGCUGUGUGAUAAUGGAGACAACAUCACCCGCAUCCAAUCAGAUGCUUUCAGCGUGGCCGACCUCCCACAUGGUUAUGGAAACUGUGCCGAUUUACCAAAGAUGGACCUCCGCAUGUGGCAGGACUGCUGUGAAGAUUGCCGCACUAAAGGUCAGUUCAACGCCCUGUCGUUUCACUUCAGAGGUCGGAGGUCAGCAGAGCACAGCUAUGCAGAAGAGAAAAAACCUGCCAACAACCUCACAGAAAACAGCAGCACUUUGGAAGAUGCUGCAGUAAAUAUAACUGUGUUGCCAAAGUCAAGCACUGAACCUUCCGCUAAAGAUUUCCAGGACUUUGUUACGGACAUGCAGAAAACCAUCACAAGUUUACGGAAACAGAUUAAAAGACUUGAAGGGCGUGUGAGCCGGACAGACUGUGCAGAUGAGGACGGGAGAGAGCGGGCAGCUGGAGAAAGCUGGAAGAAAAACCCCUGCACUGUGUGUCAGUGUAAAUCGGCGCAGGUGACGUGUUUCGUGGAGAGGUGUGCGCCGGUGGUGUGUGAGACGCCCGUGAUGCCCAGUGGCUCGUGUUGCCCCGUCUGCCUCAACCAGCCCACAGCAGCAUGAACAAAACCCUCAGGACUCCAGACCUAACACAUCUGCGUUUCUUACACACUUCUGUUUCAGGGUUUUCUGUUGUUUGUCAUGUAUUGGUAUUUCCAUUCGCAUAUCCUCAGAUGUCAGUGACAAAGAACCAAAAACACACUGUCCUCAAAAGUGAUGAAUGCGGGACCCUGUUUUUUCCUCCUCAGGCCUUUUAACCAGGAGAUUAUUACCCAAGUGCUCAUUUACAAGACCAGCGAUGAGGGGCGACUGCAGUCCUGAGGGACGUUUUCCUGCAACACACAGCGCAAUAACCAAACCAAAGCCUUCAGCGAUACUUGAAACCUUCAGGCAGGUGCAUUCGGAAAAAGAAUUGAAGAUUUGGUUUACAUGUAAACUUCCAUCCAUUUGGGUUACUUUGAUUUAGUUUUCUUUUACCAUUUUCAUCCUUUUAGCUGAAUCACUUAUGUUCUUUAUAGCUCAGUGAACGAUUAUGCAGAUUUGCAUUUAAUUUUCAUUCAGUAACAAGCGCAAACCUAACAGAAACUAACAUAUUAAUCGUUCACAAGACUGCACCAAACAGUCAAAAACAGCAGCGUGACAUUUUAGUUUUUGUUCAUGGAUUUAAAAAUCACAGUAAGACAUUUUUUUAACCAUUUUCAUCCAUUUAGCUGAAUCGCUUAAUUCGCCAAACAGUCAAAAACACAAAGCUGACAGAAACUAAAACAGCUGAUGGAGUAUACACUAACCUGUGCAUUAUUCAGACACAAGAUGGUGCCAAACAGUCAAAAUCUCAAAGCUGACAGAAACGAAACCAGCUGAUGGAGUAUACACUAACCUGUGCAUUAUUCAGACACAAGAUAGCGCCAAACAGUCAAAAUCUCAAAGCUGACAGAAACGAAACCAGCUGAUGGAGUAUACACUAACCUGUGCAUUAUUCAGACACAAGAUAGCGCCAAACAGUCAAAAUCUCAAAGCUGACAGAAACGAAACCAGCUGAUGGAGUAUACACUAACCUGCGCAUUAUUCAGACACAAGAUGGCGCCAAACAGUCAAAAACACAAAGCUGACAGAAACAGCUGAUGGAGUAUACACUAACAUGCACAUUAUUCAGACACAAGAUGGCGCCAAACAGUCAAAAUCUCAAAGCUGACAGAAACGAAACCAGCUGAUGGAGUAUACACUAACCUGCGCAUUAUUCAGACACAAGAUGGCGCCAAACAGUCAAAAACACAAAGCUGACAGAAACAGCUGAUGGAGUAUACACUAACAUGCACAUUAUUCAGACACAAGAUGGCGCCAAACAGUCAAAAUCUCAAAGCUGACAGAAACGAAACCAGCUGAUGGAGUAUACACUAACAUGCACAUUAUUCAGACACAAGAUGGCGCCAAACAGUCAAAAUCUCAAAGCUGACAGAAACGAAACCAGCUGAUGGAGUAUACACUAACCUGUGCAUUAUUCAGACACAAAAUGGCGCCAAACAGUCAAAAACACAAAGCUGACAGAAACGAAAACAGCUGAUGGAGUAUACACUAACCUGCGCAUUAUUCAGACACAAGAUGGCGCCAAACAAUCAAAAACACAAGGCUGACAGUAAUGAAAACAGCUGAUGGAGUAUACACUAACCUGCACAUUAUUCAGACACAAGAUGGCGCCAAACAGUCAAAAACACAAAGCUGACAGAAACUAAAACAGCUGAUGGAGUAUACACUAACCUGUGCAUUAUUCAGACACAAGAUGGCACCAAACAGCCAAAAUCUCAAAGCUGACAGAAACGAAACCAGCUGAUGUAGUAUACACUAACCUGCAUAUUAUUCAGACACAAGAUGGCGCCAAACUGUCAAAUACAAAGCUGACAGUAACGAUAACAGCUGAUGGAGUAUAUACUAACCUGCGCAUUAUUCAGCUGACAGACAUGAAAACAGCUGAUGGAGUAUACACUAGGACGUUAGUCUUGUUUUUGAAUCUGCCACUAUGCUGACACACAGGCAUCUGUAGCUCCGCCCUCUUCAGAAAAGAGCACAAUCUCAUUUGAAUUUAAAGCAACAGUCACAAAAACACCACAGUUAGGAUCAAAGUGAUCAGAUUCAGAGAGUUAGAAAACAUUAUCUGUGCUAUUUUGAGCUGAAACUUGCUUUACAUCUUGUAAAAGGGGAAUAAUAGGACCAAAGUAUUAUUUGAUAAAGCCGUGUAAUCCAAAUAGAUGAAAAUGUUACAUGCAACUCAAGUAACUCCUAAAUUUGGGCCUAGCUAUGAUUUGAAGUGUGUGUGUGUUUGUGUUCGUAAUAUAGCUCAAUUCUGCAGGACAUCUCAGCAGGACCAGAGCGUCUCAUUUUCUGCUGGUUUUGGUGGAAGAAGCAUUCUCAGGUUUGGAGAUGCUAAAGAACUGGUGCUAUCAAUUAUUAUUUUUAUUAUCAAUUUUUUUUAACCCGGGUGUUAUUUCAGGCAUUUGAAUUGUUCUGCGAUAAGCAAUACAGUAUAUACACUCAUUAUGUGCUUUUAAAAACCACAUCUGAGCGAAAUCCUGUCGUCGCGUAUAGUCACUCUCGUGCUUUUGCUUUGUUUGUGGUGCGUAGGAUCAGCAUUAGUUUCCGCUUUCUCUUAUCUUCCUCUCAUGUGGAGAAAAAUGUGAAUUCAACAAUCUGUGCGAUGACGAUGGGGGGGAAAACUCUACUGAUCAGCGAAUGUUUGUUUCCCUCUGGCGACUGCGGGUUUUCUGAGAGCUGGUGUUCUCUGCUUCAUCUCUACAGAAAGCUGUAAUGAUGUCUUUGGUUUGGGCGAAGCGUUUGGGAAGACGUCUCUUUUUAAGGUGUUACCAUACUUUUACCAGCACAGUAUUGAUGCUCAUGAAUGAAGGUCCAGAUUUCCUUUCGUUUGGAAUCAAUGUAAACGCUCGAGCCUCAUCACAAUCCUUCACUUCAGACACUCACUCAGUGUUCACUUUGGAGAUACUUGGAAAUGUUUUUUAAUCUGAUUUGUUGGAUGAAUUUUUUUUUUUUUUUUUGAGGAAUCACUAGAGCAGGGGUCACCAAUCUUGGUCCUGGAGGGCCGGUGUCCCUCCAGGUUUUAGCUCCAACUUGCCUCAAAACACCUGCCUGGGUGUUUCAAGUAUACCUAGUAAGACCUUGAUUAGCUUGUUCAGGUGUGUUUGAUUAGAGUUGGAGCUAAAAUCUGCAGGACACCGGCCCUCCAGGAACAAGUUUGGUGACCCCUGCACUAGAGAAUACGGUAUCAUUUAAGCUCAAAAGAGUCAAUCGGACCACAUGUUUCUUCAUUGUAUUAUUUUCCACUAUUUCUACAUAGUAUUUGUCACAUUUGACAUUCAGUUUUUCAGGAUUCACUAGUUUAAUAUCUGUUAAACCAGAGAAAAAUAGCAAUUUUAUGCCUAUCAAGACUGCAUUCGUCAGCGCAAAAAUAGACAGUUAAAAACACUAACGCAUUUCUAGUCGAAUAUGAUAAAAUGCUAGUUCAACUCUUCAGAAAUCAUUGUAAUAUGCUGAUUAUUUGUUUAUUUUAGUGCUCUUAAAAGGUUAGUUCACACAAAACUGAAAAUUGUGUCAUCAUUUAUACCUGUUUCUUUCUUCUCUCGAACACUAAGUGACGUUUCAUAAACUAAUUUCGAGAGGAGCACGUGAUAUGAUUGAGCACGUCUGGCCACUCAUCUGUAAUCAGUAAUAAUCCAAUCAGAGUGAUCCUAGUUUACUAUAAACGGAUCAUUUUCUCCCUACUGUUUCUAUCUUCGUUUGGAAGAAUCCCCCCUUCCACCCCAUCUCCUCCUUUUCCUCCCUUUUCUAAAGGGGGAGCUCUUGAGACCUACCUGAUCUCGGAUCUCCUGAUAUGCUUAUCGACCGGGCGGGAGCCCUGGGCUCAAAUAUCUCCGAGCUCAGGGUUCUCUCCCGGGAAAGCUGCUUUAUACGCCAAGCAUAUCUAAGUGGGAACUCUUAAAAGAAGAUAUUUUGAAGAAUGCUGGAAACCUGUAACUAAUGACCUACGUUAUAUUUCUUUAUAUGGAGGUCAAAUAUUUUUCAAAAUACCUUCGUUUGUGUUUAAUAGAAGAAAGAAAGGUUUAUAAUUACUUGAAGGUGAUUAAAUUGUGAGUAAAUGUUUGGAUGAACUAUCCCAGCAGGCACAGGACAUCAGGUGACGAUGUACCCUAAUGUCAGCGCUUUUUGUUUGGAAAUGAAAAUCGCGUUGGCGUAGGAACCCAAUGUCAGGUCAACAUCAAUGUCCAACUUAAAAUCAACCAAAUAUCAACAUCUAAUGAUGUUACAGCUUGGCGUUCCCACUAUGACGUCUAUCAGGUGUUGGAUUUGGUUGCCAUACUUGAUGAAUAAAUGUCAGUAUUUCAGUAUUUAAGAUGUUGGCUCAACGUUGGAUUUUGGUUACUUUCCAACACAGCUUAAAAAUAUCAACAUCAUUUGACGUCAUUAUUGGACGUCAAAAUAAAGUCCUUAGAUUCUGGCUAGACAUUGAAUUUUAGACACCUGAUGCCACGACCUAAAUCUAACCUAAUAUUAUGACGUUGUGUGCCUGCUGGGAUCCCUUUAACUAUUAAUAAUCGUUUCAUUGAUAUUUUUGGAAUUAGAAGCUCCAACAAACAAGAUUCUAAUCUUUUCUAACAUUAUAAAUACAUUUUUUUUUGUCACUUUUAAUGUUAAUGUAUCCUUGCAGAGUUAACGUUUGCCCACCCCAGAUUUCUAAAUGGCUGUUUAGCAAGGUUUACAGAAACUACUACUAUUACUACUAAUAAUAAUAAUGAGUUGUACUCGUUCAUCAAAUAAUUAGAAUGAUUUCUGAAGGAUCAUCUGACACAGAAACCUGAAGUAAUGAUGCUGAAAAUUCGGCUUUAAUCACUUAAAUAAAUGACAGAUAGUGAAUAAGCAGAAGAGCGCAUUUCCAAUUGGUAAUCUUUUUUAUAAUACAAUCUACUGUAUUUCUUGUCAAAUAAAUCCAGUCUUGGUGAGGAAAUUACAUGAUAUUAACACACACACACACAUUUGUACAACACUUCUUCCACUUUUGUUUUAUGUUUUGAACCCAUUCUCACUGAAAUUAAAGCCAUAUAUAUCUGUCUAUCCUAUCUAUCUAUCUGAAAACAUUCCAGUGUCCUGAUCAAACCUCACAUGAUCACCGUUUACUUGUAUCAUUACAGCUGACAGUAUUUUUGCUGAUUUUACAAUGUUUUACCUGCAUUCGACUCUUCAUUUUAUCUGUGUUUUGUGACUUUUCUUAAUGGCCAACCAGGCUCUUCCCCCAAACCAAACUGUGCCCACCUGCCAUGGAAAUGCACUGCCCUGCAAGACUGAACGCGCUCAAACAAGUGGUCAAAAUGAUUCCUAUAUUUUGUAAUGUGUUUUUUUUUUUUUUUGCCAAAGACUGUUUGCACUGCAACAUAUGCCUUUCAACAUUAAAAUGGCCACAUAUGUUUUAUUUCCAAAA